AUGCUGUCGGAUUGACAGAGCUAAAUAUAGACUUCAAGCCUCACUUUCUAUACUCGCCACCAUCUUGACUUCAGUUGCUUCUACACUUUUCUCGAGACAGUAACACGGCUUCGUUCUCAUUUGCGCCAGCUUUUGAUUAUUUUGGUUUGCCCUUCACACUAACUUUGAAUCAAGAACUAGGUAUAGCGGGAGAAAGCACCCAAAGAGCCCGCAUGUGUAUAGAGAACGCUGCGUGGCUUUUCGUGCCUAUAUUCCGACCGUAAGCGACAACUCUGCUUGUUUCCGGACCUCUGGUCAUUGAAGGAGAGGCGCGCUCGUGCCUCGAAUACUCCCACUGGAUCUCGACUCUUGGGCACCAUCCAGUCAUUCCAACUCCAUCCUUACGUGACAUCUUGCUCAGUCUUUCCACGCCUGUCACACUAUAUACCUCUGGCCUUCGAUGGGCGUCCUCAAACGAUUUACGAAGGCCGUUGAUGGGACAAUUCCAGUCCCGGCUUUGCUUUAUGAAGACGAGGAUCUACUUGCGUCGCAGGAGGGUGUAGGCAUAUACGAUGGCGCACACGCUUCCUGAUUGUGGAUCACUGCUGCGCUCCACUGCUGCAUACAUCUCGAUCAGGGCAUACUUCACAUUGCCCUGGUCCUUAACCAAUGGUGCAUAUGCCAAGCCCGCAUUUCUAUAAGUCUAUUUCUCUCGCUAUAUGCGUGCGUCUGACGCUAUAACGGGCAUUCUUUCUCAUCUGUCAGUGCUAUCCAGCAGAGCUCUGCCAAGGGCGGCUGUGUGCUAGGAUGAAAUGUAUUUUGCGCGACCACAGCUGAAUUUACGCUUUACAGAACAGAGAAGUCUCCGAAACAUCAGAACGGCACAAUCUACACCACAACGCAUCGUCUGUUUUACAUUGACCAUUCUCAUGCUCGUUCACGUUCAUUCGCACUUGACCUUUCGCAUGUAUCUCGCACUGAUUACUACGCGGGAUUGUUCACCAGUUCUCCGAAAAUCAUGUUGUAUCUCCAUGCCAACUCUACUUCACGAUCGUCAAAUAUUUCUGGAGCAGAGUUGGAAACAUGGGAGUGCGAAGUAUGUAGCUACAAGAAUCCGCCAGGAUUGAGUCCGGCUGCGUCGAAAGUCUGCGGACUUUGCGGUGUACCAAGAACUUCAGUGAAGAACAGCUCUAUUCAUCCUACACCUAUACCAACAAGGCUGAAGCAACCGUCUAUGUCAACUCAUCUAUCGACGUCGCUACCUUCAUCCACAGCGAACCUUCAUACACAUACUAGCCCGUCGUCCAGUCCUUCCGGUGAUGUUGCGACGGGCCAGGAUGGAGAAAUUCCUUGCCCAGCUUGCACGUUCUUGAACCAUCCCUCGUUACUUACGUGCGAGAUCUGUGGUACCACUCUUCCGCGUCCAAACGGUGUCAGUAGACAUCUCGCUGCGAGGUCGGCACCAUCUUCGAGACCUAUCACUCCUUCAGCAGAUGAUGACAAGGAUGAGGAUGACGUUGACGAUACUAGCGAGGCGUCUCGACUUAUACGUCUUAGCUUCCGUAAAGGCGGUGACAAGGCAUUUUAUGCUGUCCUUCGACGAAGUCUGCUGGGCAAGGCAUGGGAGACUAAACAUCUGGGUGGUUCGCGGCGCUCUGUGACACAACACACGAAUUCUGGUCGAGGAGGUAUUAACAGCCUCUUGCGCACAGUCGAGAAUACAACGGCCAGCAAUCAGAGCAACAUGGAGAAUGCGUUACAGGACCUAGAAUCUCUGGCUGUCAAAGCAAGAGAGAUGGUUCGCAUGGCUGAAGAGCUCAACGAACGGCUUACCGCCGUUACUGCGUCCUCAUCCAACAAUACAAUGACAGGUUCCGCAGUCAUUGAACCAGAGGAGGCUACUUUCAUUCGAUCGUCGCUUUCUCAACUCGGUCUGCAGAUGACAAACGCGCCCGUCACGCUCGAUAUGAUACGUGAUGAGCGUCGCUGGCAUGAAGAACUUGCGAGAGAACUCUCUGGUGUGCUCCAAGGGAACGGAUCUUCGUGGAAGCGACCAGGAGACGACGGGGAGCAAACCAGCGGUGGGAUGAUGCGGAAACGUGGAAUCAUUGCCUUGGACGAAGUAUGGGGUGGGUGGAACCGUGCCCGAGGAGUUGCCCUGAUACCCCCGUCGACUUUUCUCUUGGUACUCCCACAUUUGCCAUCCUACACUUCUCCGCCGAUUCACAUGCGUACAUUUUCAUCCUCUGGGCUAUCGGUAUUGCACACGCCUCCAUACACAAAGGCUGCUUUUGCCGCCCGCAUGGUUGGACUUCUCACACUCGCCGGACCGAGAACCACUGUUGAGGUAGCACAAGAAGAACAGCUACCCAUUGGGCUCGCACAGGAGAUGGUCAUCGAAGUGGAAGAUGCCGGAGAGAUCUGCAGAGACGAGGGUGGAAGUGGCGUGGGUAUCUUUGCUGGAAGGGAUGGAAGUGGCGAGGUAAGAUGGUGGGUCAAUAUCUUCAAGGGAUACGUAUGGGAUGGUCAAGAAGGGUAGCAUAUAUUUCCUUAAACCUGACGUAAAGAGGAUUUCUGGAAUUUAUUGAACUUAACAAAACUAAUUAACUUUUAUAUCUGAUCAGAAUUUAUUCAUUUCAGAAUUAUAACAGGCCGACUAGCUCAGUUGGUUAGAGCGUGGUGCUAAUAAUUUCCAUGUUUACGC